UUUUGCUGAAGAAUAAAUACAAAACUUCUUUGAUGUCAUCUGAAAUUGAUUUAUAUAUAAAAUCUUAUAAAAAAGGGGUUAGAACUCGCUUCUUCGAAACAAUCAUUUGAGUUAAGGGUGUCAAUAUUAAAUAUAUAUUUUUUAUGUACGCAAUAUACCUUCGCGAUUUUCAUCGGGCUCUUAAUGUCAUGCCCUCCAUGGAAUCUGAACCCGUAAGGCCCCGGUCCGUCUAUCCUGACCUUUAGAAUGUCCUCUUUAUAUAUCGGUAUCGGAAUCGCGCGAACAACGCCAGCGUCUUGUUCGUAUUUCAUUCAUACAAAAGGGAACUUGAAAUCAAAAAUGGUACGCCCCGCGCUGAUAACAGUCGUCAUUAUAUUCGUCGCCACGCGCGACCUCUCCCAAGCCAAUUACCCCCAGAACUCGUACGAAUUAGGAUCAGGAUUCAAUUUCAAUAAUUAUCCGCCCGCUAUUCAAAACGCGAAUCGUAACAAACAUCUGACUUUACCGGUCAACUAUGAAGAGAAGCUAAAGCGAUCCAAGAUUAAUUUUAGUCGAAAAAUUAAGGAUUAUUGCUUGAAAAAGGCUGAUAACAAUAACAACUACCAUUUAUUAACCGGGAAAUACAGCCAAAGGUCUUAUAUCCCAGAUCCUUUCGACAGCCGAAGAUUCUACAUAUGCUCUUACGACUUUCAAGCUUUUUAUUGGCGUCCCAGGGCUUACAAAUGCCCCGAAAACACGCUAUUUUGCGAUAAAAUUCAAAAAUGCUUAUUGAAGAGCAAAUUCGAGAUUAAGGCGUGCCAAUUUUUCCCCGAUUCACCGAAUCCCAAAAUUCCCGCCAAAAAUCCUGCCGAGGCGAAACCCGCCAAGAUUUAUUUGCCUGCACCUAGCUACGACGGCAGAACAGAUUACAAUCCUAUCAAUAUGGCAAUCCUUCCAAAUACCACGUCUCCCAACCCCAUUAUUAAACCAUAUCCCCACAAGAAGAAUGCGAGCGGCAAAAGUUACAAAAUUAAGGCGUUGCUGUUGAAGGCAAAGCAAAAUCAUCGAAAUAAGACUGGACCAUUAUUCCCCAGACAAGAUAAACCGUUAUACCCCAGACAAGAUACGUCGUUAUAUCCCAGACACAAAAGGGACAGUGAAUUGGAUUACUACAACGACGAAAGCACAACAACGUCACCUGACUCCAUAUCGGAUAAUUUAGAUUUUUUUUGAAAAAAUGAUUUAUUUAUUAUUUAUAAAAUAUAUUUAUUAUUAUUUAAAAAAAAAUCGAAAUCUUAUUUGAAUCAUUGUAAAUUAAUCCUUGUAUUUCACCUUUUAAACUUUCUCCAUAUAUACAAUAUACAAUAUAUAUAUAUGAUAUUUAAUAAUAUCCUAGGCUGAUGAUUCAUUCAUUCAUUCAUUAAAAUGUAUUUUAAAAAAAGCGUUAGAAUUUCGUUGUUGAAAGGCGUUUAGGUGAUAUGUGAACGACAUUUCAAUAGACUCUCUAAUACAAGCAAUGGCGCGGUAUUACAGCUGACUUCAAUGUGUGUGUGUGUGCAUUUUUUUAAUGAAUGAAUCGUCAGUAUGGGAUAGUAUUAAUGCCAUUGAUAUUCCUUAUAAAUUAACCAAUCGAGCUGUAAUGUAAUAUCAAAUAAAUUAUAUUUAAAAAAAAAUAGAUAAUUAUUUUGUGAUCGGUAUAACUAAAAAAUAAAAAAAUAAAUAAAUGUUUAGUCUAUAAUAGUGCUG